AUAGUGAUUCAAAGUGCACUUCAAAUUUAAUAACAAAUAUUCGUACUUUUUUCUACGGAAAUCUCAACGAAUAUGUAAAACUUAAAAGGAAGAAUCCAUAAGGUGAUUUGUCAAAAACAAAUAUUUGAUAUUUGUUUCAAUUUAUACAUCGACAUUUGCAGAUGAGAAGACAUUACGACUUACGACUUAUAGCGUAAGUUAUUGCAAGUAGUAAAAUAAAUUUAUCAAAGGCAAACAUAACCUUAAAAGUCCAUUGAUGCCAAUAUUCCAAAGGGAUGUAUGUUUGAGAUAUAUUAUCAUACCUCUCAUAAACAUAUUUUGUAACAUUUUCUACAAAACAUUGUAAAAUAACAUCAUAAAACAUUAAAACUUGCACACAUUGUGCAUGAUAUAUAAAAGUGUUAAGAGAUGAAUGUGCUAGACAAUGGUGAAAAAUGUCGUUUGUGUUAUAUCAAGCUUGAAAAUGAUAAAUCGGUACAUAUCUUUGAAAAAGAGGCUAAUUUAGCACAGAAAAUAAAUGACACAUUACCACUCAAGGUAUUACCAAAUGAUAACAAUUCAAAAUACAUAUGCUUGGAUUGUUACAUGAAGGUCAUCAAACAUUAUGACUUUAUGCAAAACAUCUUAGAACUAUCGAAGGAAAAUGUCAAUACAACAGAAAACAACUUGUGCGAACUUAGUAGAAAUGAAAAAAUAGAAAUAAUUUCCAAAUUGCAUGACAUGGUAUACACAUGUCCUAAUUGCAAUAUAGAUUUAAUGAUCAUAAUAAGCAGCAAUUUUGAAGAUAGUAAUUAUCCAUUUCAAAUUACAUUAGCUGCUAUAGAUCAAAUGGAAAAAUCAGUAAAAGAAGAGGAGAUACAAACACUUGAGAACACAAUGGAUUUUAAUAACAUUUGCACGCAAAAAUUAAAUAUAAUAGAUAAUGAAAUGGAAUCAUCAUGCAUUACUAUAAGCGAAAAUAAUGAAGUGUGCGAAAGCUCGCCAGUCUUGCAGGAGGACGCCAAUUAUAUAGAUGCUUAUAUUGCGUUUCCAAAUGAAAAUGUAUUGCAUCAAACGAGUGCAAAUGCAAAAAAAAGAUUUCAGGAAGAUGUUAUCUUCGAGAUCGAUAAUGAUCCUACCAAAUUAUUAAAAAUAGAAAUGGAAGUAGAUACAACACAGGACAAAACUGACACCAACUCACUGAACACUGAUUACGACGGUGUGAGUGAUUUGCUGAAAAUCGACCGAGUAAACGACAACAUAAGUGACUUGAUAAAUGUCGAGACAGUGAACAAUGCUACGAAUGAUUUGGUGAAAACCGUGCCAGUAAAUGGCGGCGAGGAAUGGCUUAACAUGGAAGCGGACGGCAAAGAGGAUGGCAGUACAGCGUACACGACGGAAACGGAGAAAGAACGUGUCGACGAGGAUUCUGCGAAAUGCGGCGAGGACAUUGAUGUCAAAAGCGGUCCGAGAAUCAUGUGCAACUUGUGCGGAAUACGUUUCAUUUCACAAAUGAAAUACGAGUUUCACAUGGAGAGGCAUGAACUGAACAAAAUGGACAAGUUCAUCUGCACGAUAUGCGACAAGGAGGCCAGCAACGAGAACUUGCUGUGGAAUCAUUACUUCCACACGCACAAGAACUCCGUGCGACACGCCUGCACAGGAUGCGGCAAGAUGUUCGUGAGGAAGACGAGACUGAAGAGCCAUCAGGAUAAAUACAAGCAUUUCGGCACCAAGGAAUUACGUUUCGACGUAGAUAUGGAUGAGACGAGCCUCGAUCAGGAGAACGCCACGCUGCGGAAACAGAACCCCGUGAAUUGCAGCCUCUGCAGGAAACCGAUAACAGACUUAGAUCCGAAGGCUAUUAACGACCUGGUGACAUGCGCCGCCUGCGAGGAUUCCACCUUAUCCCUCAUGGUCGAUGGUGUCGAGAUGAAGGUAAUCUCGCCGCGGCAGUACCACUGUUCCAAAUGCUCCAAGCACUUUGUGCGCAAAGAGAGAUUGGAGUUCCACGAGAUGCGACACAAUGAGAACAUGAACGAGUUCAUCUGCAGCACGUGCGGCAAAGAAUUCAGCGCGGAGAAUUCCCUCUACGAGCACUACCUCUUCGUGCACAAGGGCGCCAGGCCGCACAUAUGCGAGCUAUGCGGCAAAUCGUUUCAGCUAAAAACGCGACUGAAGGAACACCAUCGGACGCACACGGGCGAGAGACCGUAUCAGUGUGACGUGUGCGGCCAACGCUGCAUGACCACCAACGCGCUCAAACUCCACAGGAAGAUACACUUCUCCCACAAGCGCUACAACUGCAAUAUAUGCGAAAAGUCGUUCACCAAGAAGCAAAACAUGAACGAGCAUCUGGAGAAACACUGGAAGAACGACAAGAACGUGUCGUUGCCGCAUUUGUUUACAUGCCCCGUGUGCGGGGAGGACCUGCCGACCUAUCGUAUGCUAAAGUGCCACAUGACAGAGACCCACCAAAUCCACCACCAGGACCCGCUGCUGACGGGACAGAAACCGUGGCACGAAUGCGACGAGUGCCAUGAGAAAUUCAAGCAUCAAAUGUCACUCAAGGCGCAUAAGGAGAGAGUGCACGAGGGCAGAGUCAGUCCGAUAUUCGAAUGCGACACGUGCAAGGCCACGUACAAGAUCAAACAGAUGCUGAUCAAUCACAUCAGGAGCAAGCAUCAGGGUGAGAAACGCUAUAAAUGUGCACAAUGUCGCAAGGGAUUCAACGACACCAAGUCCCUGUACAACCAUAUUCUGCUGCACACCGGAAGAAAGCCGUUCCAAUGCGAGUACUGCAACAUAAGCUUCCGACGGAAGGAUUCACGGGAUCAUCACCGUCGCAAGCACACGGGCGAACAGCCUUAUCAGUGCUCGGAUUGCGGCCAGACGUUCUCCACCUACAACAAUCGCUCGAAGCAUCGCAAGAAGGAACACGGCGAGGGCGAGGUUGAGUGUCAGGAAUGCGGGAAGAAAUGCAGCAGCCAACAAGAGAUAAGAAUUCACUGGAAUAAGCAUCUAGGCGAAAAGCUGAACAAACUGAUGCGUGUAACAAGUUGCACGGGUCAGAGAGGAACUCGUGGACAUGUAAUUGCGAAGUCAUUAAGUCGCGCGCAAAGAAUCGGCAUUGCUCAAUAUGAUAGUAUACUCUGCUUUUCAACCAUUAAAUGGUUUCUCAAAGUAACUCAGAUAAAGGAUUUUACAUUAUUUUUCAUGGGACAGAAAUAGAAUAGAAUAGAAUAGAAAGGAAGUCAUGACGGUAA